AUGGACACCAACGGCGGCGGUUUCACCGUGGACGAGAAGGCGGUGCGUGUGGAGAACAUCUUCCUCGAGUUCCUCAAGACCUUCAUAGAGACCGGCGAGAUCAACGGCGCCGGCAGAAGCUACGGCCCAUACUACGAGGCCGAGGUGAUGGCGAUGAGGCCUAACGAGUCAAACACCAUGUUCGUCGACUUCUCCCACGUGAUGCGCUUCAACGACGUCCUCCAGAGGGCCAUCUCCGACGAGUUCAUCCGCUUCGAGCCCUACCUGAGGAACGCCUGCAAGAGGUACGUCAUGGAGCUCAAGCCCACCUUCAUCCCCGACGACAGCCCGAACAAGGACAUCAACGUCGCCUUCUACAACCUCCCCGUGGUCCGGAAGCUGAGGGAGCUGACCACCGCCGAGAUCGGGAAGCUAGUCUCAGUGAGCGGCGUGGUCACCCGCACCAGUGAGGUCCGGCCAGAGCUUCUGCACGGAACAUUUAAGUGCUUGGAUUGUGGUAACGUCAUUAAGAACGUUGAGCAGCAGUUCAAGUACACUGAGCCAAUUAUCUGCAUGAAUGCCACAUGCCAAAACAGGACAAAUUGGGCAUUGUUGAGACAAGAGAGCAAAUUCACAGACUGGCAGAGAGUCCGGGUGCAGGAGGCAUCAAAGGAAAUCCCUCCAGGUUCACUUCCCAGAUCACUUGAUGUCAUUCUACGUCAUGACAUUGUUGAACAAGCCAGGGCCGGUGACACGGUCGUAUUUACUGGCACUGUGGUUGUUUUACCCGAUAUUCUAGCAUUGGCCUCUCCAGGGGAGAGAGCAGAGUCUCGAAGAGAAUCUUCUCGCAAAAAUGGGAUGGCUGGUCAGGAAGGUGUCAAGGGACUUCGGGCACUGGGUGUGAGAGACUUAUCAUAUCGUCUGGCCUUUAUAGCCAAUUCAGUUCAGGUGUGUGAUGGCAGAAGGGACACUGACAUCCGAAACAGGAGAGAUGCUGAUGAUAAUGAUAGCCAACAAUUCACUCCAAAAGAGUUGGAUGAAAUCCAACGAAUGAGAAACACUCCCGACUUCUUCAACAAGCUUGUUGACAGCAUUGCACCAACUGUUUUCGGUCACCAAGAUAUCAAACGUGCCAUUAUUCUCAUGCUGAUGGGUGGUGUCCAUAAAUUUACACACGAAGGCAUCAAUUUAAGGGGAGACAUCAAUGUUUGUAUUGUGGGAGAUCCUAGUUGUGCAAAGUCCCAGUUUCUCAAGUAUACAUCAGGCCUUGUUCCAAGAUCUGUCUAUACAUCAGGAAAAUCUUCAUCAGCUGCUGGGCUCACUGCAACUGUUGCCAAAGAACCAGAGACUGGUGAAUUUUGCAUUGAGGCUGGUGCACUUAUGCUUGCUGACAAUGGCAUCUGUUGUAUUGAUGAAUUUGACAAGAUGGAUCCAAGAGAUCAGGUUGCCAUUCAUGAAGCUAUGGAACAGCAAACAAUAAGCAUAACCAAAGCUGGAAUACAGGCGACACUGAAUGCUCGGACAUCGAUAUUAGCCGCUGCAAAUCCUACAGGAGGGCGCUAUGACAAGACUAAACCCUUGAAGUACAAUGUGGCUCUUCCUCCAGCCAUCCUCUCAAGGUUUGACCUCGUGUAUGUGAUGAUUGACGACCCAGAUGAUCAAACUGAUUACCAUAUAGCUCAUCAUAUCGUGAGGGUUCACCAAAAGCGUGAAGAAGCGCUUUCUCCUACAUUUACAACCGCACAAGUGAAGCGCUACAUAUCAUACGCAAAGACUCUGAAACCAAAGCUGAAUCCUGAAGCAAAAAAUCUGUUGGUGGAAUCUUAUGUUACUUUAAGAAGAGGGGACGUGACCCCAGGUAGUCGAGUUGCUUAUCGCAUGACCGUAAGGCAACUUGAGGCCCUCAUCCGGCUAUCAGAAGCCCUUGCUCGGUGUCAUUUAGAUACUGAGGUCCAUCCUCGAUACGUACGCCUUGCAGUGAAAUUGCUCAAGACAUCAAUAAUCAAUGUGGAGUCGAGUGAGAUUGAUUUAUCUGAAUUCCAAGAAGAGAAUAAUGAAGAGGAUGUUGAUGGUAACACUGGCAAUGGAGACGAUGAUGCUUCAGGUCAUGCCGAGAUGGAUUUGAAUGGGGCAGGAUCUCAGCCGGCUUCUGAAAACAAAGAAAAUGCAGAUAAUAACAAGUCAGGAAAGAAGCUUGUGAUAAGUGAUGAGUACUUUCAGAGGGUUACUCGAGCCCUUGUCAUGCGGCUCAGACAACACGAAGACUCUUUAGUGCAUGGAGGACUGGCUGGUCUAAGGCAGAGGGAAUUGGUCCAGUGGUACGUCGAACAACAGAACGAGAAAAACAAUUAUAGUUCCAUGGACGAGGCCGCAGCCGAAGUCACCAAACUGAAAGCCAUUAUCGAGAGCUUGAUACGAAGGGAAGGGUAUCUAAUAGUUGUGGAUGAUGGCAGAGAAGAUGUUGGAGAUGGCGAAAAUGCUCGGCCCCCAUCAAGAAACGAACGGAUUUUAGCCGUGGCGCCAAAUUAUGUCCCAGAUUCAUAG